AUCAUCCACCGGUUGGUGCGUAUAAGUACAAAAGCCCUGCUAUAAAAGCGAGUGCGCGAUAAUCAGGAACCAAUACAAUUUCUAAUCUAAACAGUGAAUGCAACACAAUAAUUAGCAUUAAUUGUGCAAAAUCAGAAAAGGUUGUACUUUUGGUGGUUGACUAAACAAAGGAAUACAAGAAUCAGAUAUAAAGAUGAGGAUUAUACACUUUUGGAAAUCAGUUGUCGAGUCGGCCGAGGAGUUUAAUUUAAAGAAUUGCAGCGUCGUGAUCGACGGGCAAAACUAUUUCCAUUGUAAGUAUCAAUUAUCUAGGAUACCUUUCACGUUUGGUGGUGAUAUGGAUCGGUACGAAACCCACGUGCACGACAACCUAAUGAGUAUCUUCAAAAGGGCCAACGUAAAAUGCUACUUCGUGUUCAAAGGCGGUGACACGAACAUCAACAAGAAGAUUAAAAAAUUUGGUCGUUUUGCCUUUGAUCCAAAUGCAGAUAAGUAUCAAUUUUUACGACCUAUCCUAUUAAGAGACACUAGUGUACAAAUAGUACACGACAUGGGCCUAGAACACGCAUUCUGUAUUACAGAAAGUAAAGAUGAUUGCGUUGCUUUAGCGACAAGAUUAGGAUGUCCUAUCAUCAGUAGCGAUAUAGAGUAUUGCUUCAAAUCAGCGCCAUACAUUCCGGAACCUACAUUGAAAUUUAACAGCAUGACAAAUACAAUUGAAUGUCGUAGGUACACACUGCAGAAAUUCCUCAAGAUACAUAAACUGACUAAAAACAAAAUGGUUAUAUUCGGUGUUCUGUCUGACAGUAAUAUAUUUCCUGGUAACUUUUUUGACAAUUUACUAGAGUCUUGGAAUGUUCUAGACGAAGAAUGUCACGUAAAAAAUCAACAACUGAUCUCGUGGUUAUCGGAUCACGAAGAGCAAGAAAUAAGUCGUAGUAUUACAGAAUAUUUGACAAGCGAAGAGGACAGAAGUAAAUUCUGGGAAAUACAUGGAUGUAUAUUAAGAAACAUGACGAACACGGAAGGUGGUUUUGCGACUGAUUACCUAAUCAACUCCCAACUUGAUAUAGGCAUCAAAGAUCCGGACUGGUUUGAAAAGGGGGUGGUUUGCAAAUACGUACCGAGUGCGUACGUGAACCUGUUUAAAUGGCAAGUUGUCCAAGGCUCGUGGUUCGACAGGGAAGACAACAAUAACGACAAUACAGACAGUUUACUACUUUCAAUUGAUAUUAUAAAAUACGCCUACAACCUUCUAACUAAUUACAAAAAGAGUACCUUGAAAGUGUACCAUGACAACGAAAAUUAUACAGAGAUAAGUACAGUUGACCCGUGUGUACCGCGACCGAAUUAUGAUUGCGAAGUAUCUGUGUUCGAAAAUGGCUGGGAAGAAAUAAACGGUUGGAACCUAUUCCAGUAUUUCUUAGAAAAUAAGGGUAUAAAUAUUGGAAUGUUAUCGAAUCUUCCAGAAGACUGUGUACUGUUGAUCAUAUCACUGGUGUAUUAUGGUCGUAGGAAAGGGGAUGCAUCGACGGAGGCUAGAGCGAUUAUAAUGUGUUACGUAUUGUUGAACGGCCAUAGACUUGAUAACCUAGUGGACACUGGUCUGUUAGCAGAAGACGUGAGAGAAGCAAAUCGCGUUACUAAAAAUUAUUUUGAGACUCGUCGUUUUGAAGCUGGGCAGAUUUAUGACGGUGACAAAAUGAAAAGUUUCGAUAUGUUUCAAUUCUGUUUGCAGCAAAUUAAUUAUUUGAAUAGGCUAUGCGGAUCUCCUUACGUGGAAACGUGUUACAGUAGAGUGUACAAUGGGACAUUUAUUUAUAAGAUGUUUACUGUUUUGGACCGUACAUCGUUACCCAGCGAUGUUUUUAUAAGCCAAUUGCUGAAAAGGGCCCCGUCAGUUUUAACAUUGAUCAAUAAACUGAUUAAAAGGUACGAAGCCCUACUCAUUGCAGAUGCAUAACAAAGACUUGUUUUAAUCUAAGCCAACAAAGUUUGUUUCGGAUCUAGCCUUAAUUUCUUUAACAGUGCUUCUUUGUUUUAUAUUAUUAUGAAUGUUAUGUUAUGUAGAAAUAAGAAUAGUGUUGUAACUGUUUUUGUAUGUAUGACUCGAGUUUAUCAAUCGAGCAUUGUCUCGGGUUGGGUGAAAUAUUGUUAGACUGUUAAUAUGCGGAAUUUCUGUUUGGAUUCUAACAAUAAAGCUAUUGUGAUUGAUUUCCAGCCGAAAUUAAUGACUUCUCUUAAUCCUAACAUUGUUUACAUUAGUUGUAUGGAGUUUAUAUCAAAAACUUAAUUUCGGCUGUUAGGGAUCGAACCCGAUGUUUCGAGCUCUCUUUAAAUAAGGCAGUGUAUUUUUAGUAUUUUUAUGAUCAAUCUAAUCUAGUUAUUCAAAUGUUGUUUUUCUUUGUUUUUAAUACUAAGUUCUAUACUGUAUUAUUACUCAAUAUAAAAACUUAAUUAUUUGAAAUGAAGGUCUAUAUUUGUAUCUUCCUUUUUUAUAAAUAAAUGAAAAUCAAUAUUAAGA